ACAAAAAUACGACGACGACGCGAUGGAUUGCAAGCCGUAGCCGUUUUGCUUCUUUCCUGUAAAAUCUAUACCGGAUAGCUCCGGAAACCCUUUCCAGGGACAGGUGUAACGAAAAAGUUUAGUUUUAAAACUACCUAUAUGUGGUUUAAGUGAACAUCUUUGCUUUACCUACUCCGGAACGAAAUUGCCUGGACAGUGAAACAACUUGAUUAUUGCUGAAGGUGCAAUACUUGUAGCAUCGAGUUGUGUUUGAAUGGUUUGAAUUUUAAAUCUUUGACCAUUAACGAAACGCGAUGCGGAUAGCGGUGGAAGGAUGUGCCCACGGAGAGUUGGAACGGAUCUACGAUCUGAUCGAAGCGAUCCAGCGUCGGGAAAAUUAUCAAAUCGAUUUACUGAUCUGUUGCGGCGAUUUCCAGUCGACCAGGAACCUGGAGGAUCUCCAGUGUAUGGCAGUUCCGAAAAAGCAUCUGGAUAUGUGUUCCUUCUAUAAGUAUUACAGUGGCGAAAAAGUAGCACCUGUUUUAACAAUUUUUAUAGGAGGGAAUCACGAGGCAUCUAAUUACCUUCAGGAACUUCCGUAUGGUGGAUGGGUUGCGCCAAAUAUCUACUAUCUUGGUUAUGCCGGAGUAGUAAAUGUGAACGGUAUAAGAAUAGGCGGCGUUUCUGGAAUUUAUAAGGGACAUGAUUAUCUCAAAGGGAGAUUUGAAUUUAGUCCCUUCAAUGAGAAUACUAAACGAAGCGUUUAUCACAUUCGUCAGAUUGAUAUAUUCCGGUUGAAACAAUUGUCCCCGAAAGUAGACAUUCUGUUGUCUCAUGAUUGGCCAAGGGGUGUAACCAGUUAUGGCAACAAGAAUCAAUUACUUCGCUUUAAACCGGCUUUCAAAGAUGAUAUAGAGGGAAAUAAGCUAGGAAGCCCUCCAUGCGAGGAUCUCAUGAUGGUUCUCCAACCACCAUAUUGGUUUUCUGCCCACUUGCAUUGUAAAUUCUCUGCAUUGAUUCCUCACGAUGCCGGAAAUGUUACAAAGUUUUUAGCUUUGGACAAAUGCUUACCUAAGAGAAGGUUCCUGCAAGUCCUCGAUAUUGAAAGUCCAGACAAGGAUGCUGGUGAUAAAAUAGAGCUAAGCUAUGAUUUGGAGUGGCUUACAAUCCUCCACCUUACGAAUCACCUGAUAAGCGUGAAAGGUUCCAAUGGAUAUAUGCCAGGUGAAGGAGGCGACGAAAGGUUCAAUUUUAACCCUACAGAAGCAGAGAAGAAAAUGAUUUUCGAAAGCUUCAAAAACGAUCUUCGCAUCCCGCAAAACUUUUCCCGAAUAGCUGAACCGUAUAAUCCUAAAGCAGGCACGGAUUUUGAUUUUGUUGAGCAACCCAAGGCAUUCCUCAAUCCUCAAACAACCGAAUUUUGUGACAAGCUGAAAAUAGAUGAUCCAUUACGAUUGGCUAUGCUUAUGACCGGCCAUGAACUUAACUCGUCAACCUACGUGGAUCAAAUGCCGUCGCCCCAUUCUAUCAGUCCUGAUCGCAACGAAGACGAAUUGGAACUAAAUGACGAUAGCUCCUCCAGCGUUGAAGGUGAUCUGGAACCAACUCAGUAUAUCUCGCAAACAUCACUGGGAUCGACGUUAUCGCAAGCAAAAUGGCGUCAAGAUUCUAACUCGGAACUGUCUACUUUGGACGAUUCAUCUCUCUCGACGUCAAAUCGUAGUUUGAUGAGUCUCCCAACUCCACAAAAGCAGCUGCAGGACUCCGGCAGCAUAUCGGACAACUUCGCUAUCGAUGAGCUCAACUUGUCUAGUCCGAAAGUUCAGGCCGGCAACACGGGGGAAGAGGGCAUCGCUCGGCUACCGUCAGAGGAAGAAAGCACCAAUAAACCUUGUGAAGAGGAUAAUCCCCCAGCGAUCAAGAAGUUUAAGCGGAGAAACCAAGCUAUCUACGCAAAAGAUGAUAGUGAUUGAACUAAAUCAGGUGAUUUUGUUAGAUUAAUUAUCGAAUUUUCAAAUGUACAUUGAUCAACAUCUAUUGCGCUAGACGAAGGAAGUUUGAAACUACCUGGGUGAGUAUGUUUUAGUUUCUUUUCGUUCUCCGAUUAUGUUUCUUUUUUUUUCAUUUCAAAUAGAGCAAAUGCAAUACAUACCUUAUUAUUUUUCGCUGGAACUUGUGUCGUUAAUGAAUUUCAUUAUGGACUAGCAUUAAGAAAGUGAAAUAAAACAAGACAACCAUUUAA